AUCAGCCAAUUGCAAAUAGUACUCUGGUAUUGGAGUAGUUUCAACAUAAGCCAGGAGUCUUUCUCACGCGAGUUAUAGAAAGAGGUUUGAAAAAACAGUGGAGGAGAGUGUAAAGAAAAUGAAGUCGGUUUCUACAGUUGACUGGAUAAUUCAAAAAUUCCGGAUCAGUCCCAAAAGUAUGAAGCAGUUAAUGCUACCGAUGACCAUACUCGGUUGGUUGAUCGGGAGGGGGGUCGUAGAACUUCCGCUUGGAAAACCUUGGCCCGUAGCGAGCUUCACCUACUCAUUUUUAUUGACAUUGUCGUACUGUUUCACGGGGAAAGUAACAUUAGACAAUGACGAGGUAGUCCUACAAUCGGAGUCCACGGUCGGAUCAUCGAUCCUAUUUGCAGUAAUCGUUUUCAAUGUGUGCGUCGUCAUCUGGAACACCACGAACGGUUGGAAGAGCAUGAAAGGUGUAAAAAUGAUAAUCGAUGGCUUCGAAUCGUCCGGUAGAAAGUUGGAAAAAAUGAGAAUUUGUCAGGACUACAGAUUUAUUUACCGGCGUCAAGUGAUCACAGUGAUUGGUGAAAUUCUCUACUUGAUCUAUGUCACGACAGCUUCGGACAACAUUCCACUCGACGCUGACUCGCUCUGGCUCAAAGUCGUCGUCAUUCUGGCUUUCCAUUAUCCAUUGAUCGUGCUUACCAUUGGCGAUAUGGCAUUCAUCACUCUCGUUCGGUAUGUUGCCCCAAAAGACACACCCCAGACGUUCGAUGCCAAGUGUUUAUGGGCUAAAAAAAGAAUCUUGAAACAACGUUUGUAAAAUACACUUUCGGCAUACUUUUAUAUGGACAUUCAAACGUGGAAUGCUUUCGAUUAUUCAGCACUUUCAAACUCAUUUUCGGUUUAUUUUUUUUUUUUAAAUGACUAAGCAAAUUGGUAAAAAAUUGCCUUUAUUGGGUUGUACAGUUAUUAGUAGCUGUCAAAAAAAUUCGUCUCGCCAAAAUGCAGUUUUGGCGAGACGAAUUUUGAAGGGUCGUUCGAAUAAUGUUUUUUUUUUUUCGAUUUUGAAUAAAAUGAUCGAGGUCCACAUCUGCACUUAAUAUGAGAAUCUAAAGCCACCCAUGGCUGCCAGGAAACGAGAAUAGUCAUUUCUAUUUGUUUAAACAGUUCGCUCAACCUG